CAGACCACAGCCGUCGCCGGACAGUGACCAAUGAUCCGCCCGCCGGCGUCGGACGGGGUCUGCUUCCCGGCGGCGGACGGGGUCCGCCCGCAGGUAUCAGACGUGGUUCGCUCCCGGACUGCGGACGGGAUCCGCUCGCCGGCUCGGACGGUGUCUGGUCGUCGAACGCAGUCCUCUUGCCAGCGUCGGAAGGGAUCUGGCGUCAGCGAUGGUGAUCUAGCGCCGGCGGUGAAGGUCUGGCGGUGAUGGUCUAGCGCCGAUGGCGAUGCUGAUCUGCGGGUGGUGUUACGAAGCUUGUGUUAUAACGAUUAGGGGUAAAAACGACAUUUUUACUAAAAUCAUGGGCGGCAAGUAGUAAAUGUACGGGCGACAAAUAACAACCUCUAAAUUAAGCUGACAGUCAAAGACAAAAUUUGGCUCCGAUGUCACAUCCUGUUCGUCAAAAUCAUAUAGACGAUUGCAUAGGCAAGGCCUGCACUCGCAUGGUUUGUGCUCCAUCGUCAAUAUAAUAUCAAUGCAAUAUGGAAAGGAGAGGUUUAGAGGGGAAGAACAUAUAAUUAAUCUCCACACCUAUCAACUCAUAUAGAAUGUAAAUAGAAUAAUUAAAAUUUAUGAAC